AUGGCGGAAGUAGUAAAAAAUCCUUUGCCUUCAGGAUAUGAAUACGAGUUUAUUUCGACUGUACUUGAAGAUCACCACUGCCUUAUUUGUCACUUACCUUUACGAGAACCAGUUCAAACAAGAUGUGGCCACAGAUUUUGCAAAAAAUGUCUUGAUGAAGCGAUUAGAAGGUAUGAAAAUCGAAAAUGUUGUAAGGCCAUGCUGUUUUUUUUUUCCUUUUAGCGUCUUCCGACCGAGCCAAAUUUUUGGCAUUUUCAAAAAAGAAAAGUAACGACGAAGGUAAACCAUUUUUCACUUGAAAUAAUUCUUUUAAUCUGAAAAAUGAGCAUAGUAACAGCAUAGAGAAAAACAGGAAGAAAGACAGGAACAUUUUUUACAAAACAGCAUGAUGCCCCCCGAACGGUACCAGUAUCCUGACACUUAAAACAAAAACUCAAUUUUUGAGGCGCCCUUUUCAGUUCUCGGUAAACGGAGUAUUUCGAAUGAAAGCUGAACAUUUCAGCUCUAAGGUGAAAGUUUUGGUGAGUUUAAAGGUUGCGAAACAGUCGCAGAAGACGCCGUUUUGUUCAGGUUGGUAACCUUUUCAUGGCUAAUAUUUACGCUGUUUACUGCGCAGUAAAAUUAGUGCUGCUCAGAAAAGGGUAGGUAAUAUGUUAUGUUUUCAAAGAAACUGUUCUUUAUUUAAAGUGAAGAUACUUAAAGAAGUCAGGUUCUCAGAAAGUUUAUUACUUCUUCUUGAAAUUCGAUUUGUUUGGAAAAACGGAGGCCAGAAACAAACGACAGUUUUUUCUUUGCUGUACAGAAUCAGAAUCGAUGAAUUAGCUGUGUACAUUAUUCGGAUAAGAUUUAUUUCAUAUCUAUAACUAUAAUUAAAGGUUAGGAUAUAUGAUAUAGUCGUAAAAUGUAAUUCUACUCAAAUCAGUGUGGAAAUUUUCUUCACUCAUUCAGAGGCGACUUAAUUUCGUGUGCACGGCUUGUUUCGCGUGACUGCAUUUUCCAUAUAUAACCGAAAGCGUCGGAGUUGAACCUGGAAUUCUCAUACUUUCCCCAGUUGUGACUGCUAGAAUGAGGCUGCAACGGUCUGAAAAAUGUCACAAAGGGAUUGAGAGAUGUGAAAGAAGAAGAAAUUAGUGCUAGAAAAGCAGGCUUAUUGUGGGGACUUAGCAUGAAGAAAUCAACACUACAGGUCAGACUAAAUAGGAGGGUGAUCUUUGACCGUCGGAUUGAGGUCCCUUCCCCAAGCUUUUUUUUAAAAUAAAAAAUGAAGAAAAAAAAGUUCUUUGCAGAUUGGUUAAUUGAGCUUGCAAACCGCGGCUUCGGCAUGUCCACGGAUGCCUUUCUUAAAUCAUUGAAAAAGGUUCCUAUAGACAAGGAAGUAAGAAUUAUACCAUUUAACAGCCACUCGCGUUCCCUACCAUACUCCAGUCAUUUGUUAUGUUUUAUUUCACGAUGCUAGGUUAUAUUCUGGAAUCGAUUGCCAGACUACUUUGCAAGUGCAAGAGAAGCUUAGAAGUCGCUUGCCUGUCGAAAUUUAUGUACAAUUACUUUGUUAUUGUUGUGUCCGGAUACUGGGCAACAUAGGAGCUCUGCAAAAAUAUUAAUUUUGCGAUGGAAACAAAGGCAAAAAAGUUAAACUGUCUUUUGUCAUAUUAAGGACUCUGGGCUAAAUUUCAGAGCUCUUGGGACUAACAAAGGAAAGUCAUUGCAAUGUUAAACUGAAGUGUCCGGAUACUGGGCAACAUACUGUAUAUUAAUCCAAAUAUGUGAAUGUUAACUUUUAACGUCAUCCUGGGGUACCAGGGCCUCCUAUUCUGAGAUUUCUUCUUUUUUUUUUUAGGUUUUUUUUUUUAAUCUGACCGACCGACCCAAUAUCAGGAAAUGCAUUCGACACUAAACGAAAAAAAAGGGGAUGGCCUAAUUUUAACUAUUGGGUGACUAGAUACCCAGACUUUGGUCCCUGAAAAAUUGUAUCAAAAAAAAAAAAAUUAAAUCGUGUAAUGCUAAACGGGGACGACAAUGAAAAUGGCUUCAAGACUAAUAGAUCUAAUUAGCAAAAAAACAAAUUGCACGUGCAGCACACUUUUUCUUCUAAUUAGCAAAAAACAAAUUUGCACGUACACGCUUUUUUGUCUUUCCCUUGCCAUUGUUUUGCAUGACUGCCACGCUGUUUUGGACGACUAAAACGUCAAACUUCCUAGUUGCACAUUAUUUUUAUGGAGGAAUUGUCGUAUGUGCUUACCCAAUAUUUUGUUUCCUGUGUUCAUGUUCGCUUUUAUUUUUCACUGCCGCUCAUUUUCACCUUGCUGGCCGCUAGCAUUUCUCAUUUUCUCACCACCGCUUUGAAUUUCUAUGUUUUUCUUCCUACGAAAUUCAUCUCAGUCCUUUGUUUUCAAUAACUCGCUCUAGUUCUUUCUCUGUUAUCCACGUUAGUGUAAACAUAAACAAUAAUGCCGAAAAAUACAUGACUUUUUCUUUCUAAAAGUCCGGGCAGCCAUACCUG